AAAGUUUUGCUUCCAUAAUUUGUGCAAGGCAUCAAUAGUGCGGAUUAUAUGGAUUAACUAUUAAUUUAAUUGUGGUUCAUCAUUUUUAAACAUCAGCGACAAAAGUACUGAGAAUACAUAUCUGGUGACAAAAUCGCAAUGGAUAUUGACUACGACUUGUACGACUACAAACUAGUAAAGUUUCUUGAAGAGUCUGUCGACGUGGUCCUGCCACAUGUCAUCGACAUAGUUUACAAAGAUUGGGUCUACUUCAAUACUAAACUGGGUGUCUGCGAAACACGUUUUCCACCUUAAAAAACUGAUUGAAAAAUCAGAAGCACCCGCAAAUUGGGAAUCAUAUGAAAUCGAAAUUGUCGGUCAUGCAAAAUCGUACAAUGAAGCACUUGAGCGACUACAAGAAUUAAGGAAGAAACCAUUUGCUUUCACUGACAAUGAAAAUGCUUCCAAGAAAUCCGAAGCUAUGAAACGAGAACUUCAACGCCGGGCAAACGCUGCAGCUUUGAAUGAAAAGAAAGCAGACGAACACUUUAGUGAUAAUGUUUGUUCUUUGAGCGAAAUAGAGACAGAGGCGGAUAAACCAUCCUCAAACAAAAGGAAAGAUAAACAAUUUAUUUCCAAAUUAAAGAAGCCAAAUCGAAAAAGACGAUCGCCACAAUUUUCAAGUUCACCUGAAGCCUCUCCUGCUAAAAGAUCAUCAAAAAGUCUGAAGCAUCGCAAAGAUUUAUACAGUGAUGAAAAAAUCGUUGCAAGCUCGUACGAAGUGAGAAGCGAGAACUUAAAUACUCUUUCCAAUGCAACAACAUCCCAAAAAUCAAACAGCCCCAAAGUAACCUAUAAUCAAGUUUCAAAUUAUAAUGUUUUGAUGGAAAUUCUGAAAAAGCAAACUGGAAUCGAAACCGAAAUAAAAUUUUUACGGUCUGAACUUCGAGAAGUGAAGGAAUUAAUCAACGCAUUUCAGAAUAGUGAUUAUUCGGCCAGAUGUCAUUAAAAUGGUCAUCGCGUGACAUCAAAUAUUCAUUCCUUUAUUGAGAAAUAUGACAUCGAGUUACCAGUCUCUGUUGAGCAAAACUUAACAACGUUGAGCCAAAAAUUAAUGGAAGAUGAUUUGUUCUGCGCAGAUUUCGUAAGUUUUGGACAAGCUUUGUUUCUUUGCACCUUGUAGCAACUAGUAAACUACACUCACAAAGAGAGGCAAGAAGGAAGAACGAGCAAAAUAUAUGAAACCGAAAACUAGUAGAGAUUAGUAAGUGAACAGAUGAUGGAUGCUUAAAUUAAAUUUUAUUUAAAAAUUCAACAAUUCGCCAUUAUUUAAUGAUUCACUCACUACCUAAACGUUUAUUUAUCUUCCUGUUGAAUCGUUUGACAGCAGUUUGUGUUUUCACGCUCUUAUUUUUGCUCUCUACUACUAGUAUUUAACUUC